AUGGUUCGUUUGAAGCUGUGGGGUCUGAUCCUCUUCGAGGCUGUCACAACCGUAUCGACGGAAUCCAGAUUCCAAGAGCAGAAGCACCUGGCCGAUGAUACCAGCAACGAUUCCCGCGGGAUAUCCCAAAGCCAAUCACAAGAUUGGAAACAAGGAUGCAAAGAGCACCGAAUUGGGUCUCAUGAGACGGUAGCGGGAGAUGUGCACUUUGGCCCACGGAAGCACGAUGAGCACCCCACCAUUGGCAAGUUGUCUGGCAUCAACUCAACUUCCUGGGAGCAGUGGGUCUUUGAUAGUGUGUCUGACGACGGGUCGAGUGGUAUUUUCCUCUCUCUCGGUCGAGAUGCCUCCUAUUCGUUCUUCGGGCAAGGCAAUCUUCAUGUUGAGUUCUACGCCUUGCUGGCAGACGGCACCAAGAUCCAAGAGCUUGCUUUUGUGGACGAAUCCUCCAUCUACGACUGUGGGGACUUCGUAGCCAGCACCUGGACGUCUGACAGCCACUCAUUCGAAUUUCGCGUCCCUAGAGAAACGGAAAUCGGAGCCAGUACCACCUUUUCCGUGAGGACGCCCAAGUUCCACGGAAGCUUCCUCCUCGCCGGCUCGGCCCCGGGCCAUUUCCCCGACGGAACAUUACACGCGUCGCCGCGAAGCUCAACACAGGUGGCGGCGGGGCUCCACAUGCAUGGCACCGUCCCUGCUGCCCAGGUCCGGGGUAACUUGACAAUCAAGGGACGCCGGGGUGGGUCGGUGUCGUACUCCGGGAUGGGCGGCCAUUUUCACCUGUGGGCCAUUGACAACUGGUUCAAGAUCAUCUGGGGCUUCCGCAUUAUCCGCGGAACUGCCGGUCCGUACUCGUUCUUCUACUGGGAGCCCACGUCGAGAGUCGGCGGCAGGACCCCUCACUACACGGCUAUAUUGUUCAAAAAUGGACAGAAGCUGGUCUCGACACAAGCCAGCGGACCGCCCAUUAGUGAACCGCCGGAGGGAGACUAUGUAAAAGUCUUGGCCACUCAGCAUGGACGUGGGGCUCGUGCUUCAGUUGCUGGACGCUCGACCGGUCAUAUCGUUGAGUUUUCAUCAGCCGGCAAGCAAUGGCGCUUCGAGCUGGAACACCAAUAUGUUCAGGUUCAAAUGCCAUUCGGCCGAGAUACAGGUCUGGCGGUAUUCACAAACAGAGUAUUUGGAGGUGAAACCGGGGGGUGUCAAUACUUGGGAAGUGCCUUUUCCGAAGAAGCGGAGUUCCCGGAAGAGCUCGCAAGGUGGAAGAUCUGGCUGGUCUAUGGUGUGGGAAUGAUGGGUCAGAUGAAGGCACGUGCAGAGACCUGGCUGGCUGAUUUGGGGUUCUAG